AAGAAAAUGGCGCUUGUUAUGAAAGAGGAAUUCUGCAAAGAUGUUGAUUAUGAUGCCAUUUUGUGAUGACCUUGGCCUGAUCUUCAAGAAGCCUUGAAGCUGUACAUGAUACAGAGAAUAAACCAUGGAGAGGAGUUUUGAGGAGGUGUAUAGAGAAUUAGGCCAGGUCCACAGCAGGGAAAUCAAGGAAUUGAAAGAUAAAACUGAUUCGUGGAAGGAAAGAUUUGAAAAGUUGAAGGCCCAGAAGCAGAAGUGUCAGGAAGAGUACCAUACACAGAGAGAUGAGAACCGAGGUCUGUGUAAGGAGGUGGCUAAUCUACUUGAUACCAUCAGCAAGCUCCACUCCAGGGAAGUAAGUGUGAAGUGUAGCAUGUGUGAAACCUUACAAAAAUCUCUCGACACCUUCAGGCAGUCAUACAGUGACAGUCUGGCAGAAAAGGACAGGAUUAUCUCCAUACUAGAUGCAAGAUUGACUGAAAUUUCAGGUGGAGAAUCAAUACUGCCAACAAUCAAGCUAAGGUAUUCCACCCCACGUAAACAAGAUGGAGGGAAGACAGAAUCAGGUCCAGUCCAUCCACCAUCCAACAGGAAACAGAGUCCAGAUUCCACUAUCCGGACAACCCCUAGAAAGGAUGAGGACUUACUUCCUGGAAACUCCAACACAUCAGGACAGGGACAGACCAAGGGGACAAAACUCUGUUUAUCCCGGGGACAGAAACGACACAGGUACACCGAGUCAAUUUCUCCAGACAAGAAACGACAAAAACAUACAAAGAAAAGAAACGUUCCUCCAGAAAAAAACAAAAAGCAAAUUCUUGUUCCAGAAACAUGUGACCUCUACAACCAAUCAAAUGUGAGUUCUGGAAGUGAAAGGAUUUCAUUGGACGAUAGUUUACAAAGCCCUGUUGUGUACAGAAACAAGGGUCAUAGACAGCAGAGUGAAAUGGAUGACGUUUGUGCCAGAGAUAUUCAGAUAAUUCCAGAAACUGUUCACUUUUACGAUGCAUACCCAUCAUCAGAGGAGGAAGAAGUAGAUGAAGUUUGUACUCAGUCGACGAUAAAACGUGCUCCAAGCCAGAACUACAGUCUGCGGAGUAUUUUGUGUAGUCCUCCGUCAUCAGACGGUGAAGAUUGUGUCACCGAUAUGACGAAUGUUGUUAAUCAUCGAACUAUGCAACUCAGUGGACAGAGUGUUGUUACGGAGGACGAGACACAAUGUGAUAAAAAUGUAAAAAAGACGGAGCCUGCUGGUAUAUGUCUUAAUGUUAGAACGAAUAAUGGGGCUCAAGUUUCCGGUAGAUGUUUAAAUCAAAAUAGCGGUUUAACCUCCAAAAUAUCACAAAGGGAACAAGUCAAUGCUGGUGAUAUACAGGACAUCUGUGAUAGAUUUCAGAAACAUGAUGAUCCGUCUAAGCAAAAUGAUACAUUGAGUGUUAAACCAUUUAAAAAAGAAAGCUCACAGCAGACUCGAGGGAAGCAUGGAACUUGUACUUCAUUUGAUGAGGAAAGAAAAACUAUAAGAACCUCACAGACCACGAAUCAGCAGACACAUUCACAAACAUUCCAUGGAUCCUUGUCGACUUUGUCUCCUGUCACCAAGAUUGGAGGUGAUGGCAGGAUUGAGAUUGGUUCCCCCUCGCUUCUCCAGGUGUCAAGGACGGAGGUAGAGCCAAAAUCUCCUUCGUUACUGAAGGGGUCAAGUCUGGUGGACGAUGAUAUUACAAUUCUUGACAGUCCAGAGUCAAGUUUGCAUGAAAAAAAUUACAAGAAAGUAGACCAAAUAUCCAACAAAUCUCAAGAUAAGUCAUCUGGCAGGAGUUUCAAGAAGAAUCUUCACGAAGUAGAUAAGGAUGAAUCUCCCUGUGUUUUAAGAUCUGAGACUAAAAUAAACGUAAGAGGAUCAAACAUGUCGGACAGUACCUCACAAAACAGUAAAUCCCCUAAAAAGAGAACUCUCAAGUUAAGUAGAGGGAGUAAAGUUGAACUUGUCAACAGCAAUGACGAUGCGUUAUCAUCACGGCAACUACGCCAGACAACUCUGAGUCAAGUUUUCAACAACAGCCCUCCAAAGAGAAAAAAGAAAAAAACUGACUCACAGGAGGAGGAGGAUCUACAGAAAGCCAUACAACUGUCCCUGAGAGAUGCAGAGCUUCAGAGUAGGCAUAAAAACAGUGGAGAUGUCAUUGAGGAAUCUGUGGAGGAAAAUGUAAAGGAAAAUACUCCACCAUUCAAAAAGCCUGUGAUUCCUACCAAAAAACCCAGAAACCGUCAUCCGUCAAAUGAGAGUCCUUUGAAAAGUGCAAAGUCAACUGGCAAGGACUCAUCAGUGAUUAGGGGUCAAAAGUCUCCUAGAAAGGGAUCAACCAUACAACGGGGUCAAAGGUUAUCUGGUAACAGGCCAUCUAUACAAUAUGUUCAAAGGUCACCUGGUAAAGAGCUAUCCAUUCUACAAGGUCAAAAGUCAAAUGCUGUUGACCUGGAUGAAACCAUGGCACCUGAUUCAGUAAGACUGGAGAAACCGCCCAGAUGUAACAGGACUUCGUCAUCAGAUGAUAGUGAGUACACUUUGAGUAGAAAUGGAAGUAUGGAUCCAAAUGUACACUUGUCAGUACUGUGUGAUGAGGAGUCAGAACUUAUCUUGGAAAGUCAUGAAAUCCCAUCAAGAAAAAAGUUGUCAUUCCAUAAACAGGGGGAUGUGGGAAUACAGGAUAGGUGUUGUAUUGAGUUUGACAGCGACGAGGUCCAUGCUCCCUCAUUAGAUGAUAGUGUGGCCACGUUAAAGGAUUUUCACAUUGAUGAUUUGGCACAGGGUGACAAUGGACCAGAACGUCUCACCUCAACAUGUAUUGACGAGGAUUCACAGGGUGACAAUGGACCAGAACGUCUCACCUCAACAUGUAUUGACGAGGAUUCACAGGGUAUUCCCUGUAGUUCACGUAGUGUUAAGUUUGGGUCAAGGAAAAAACGUGUCAUUGUGACAACUGGCUACAACUCGGAAGAUGAUUGUGAGAAGGAAGAUGGAAAUCCAGCUGAGGAACUGGAAAACAUGGAAGAAUUGGAUGAUAGUUUUGAUAAAUUGCCAGACAAGGCUGUGGCUAAGUAUGCCUUUGUGGGGGUGGUGAGAAAACAAAACGAGAGGCGUAAUCUGAUCGGCUACGAGUGUAAGGAAUGCUAUGAGUACUACUCUGCGAUGGGUUUGAGUGAUGAAGAGGUGAGACAGAGAGUCCAGACAUGCUCCAAACAUCGUGCCCACUAUGUUCCACCCGAGACCCCGCCCCACUUCUGGUCUGUGGGCUUCCCUGACACACAGGAGUGUGAAGAGAGAGGUUACCUCAAUAAGGAAGAAGAUAUGGACGAACAAGAUAUACGACCAGCAUUUAGGAGACGAAGAAAACUGAAGAAAAUAUUCAAGUCCAAAAAUGAAUCUGAAGAAGAGAAGGAAUCUGACUUAGAGAGAUAAAAGUUGUGUUACUGUAUGAGAUAUGAAGUAGUGUUACUGUAUGAGAUAUGAAGUAGUGUUACUGUAUGAGAUAUGAAGUAGUGUUACUGUAUGAGAUAUGA